UUUUCUUCUCACAAUGGAUCGCUACAUUAAGAGUGCCCAGGCGAGAAAGGGAUGAGAACAGUGCUAAGGAACUGAUGAAGAGGGAGCCCCCGACAAAGGGAAGUGAACAAUCCGUGGAUCAAUAACCCAAGGGGAGAGUGUGAGGGUUGGAUAGUAGUGUGGCCGGUCCAAAGACUUUGGGAAUCCUUCAGUUCACCGUCCGCUCACACAGAGAUGGUGUAUUAAACACUGCUUGCAUCGAUCCGCAACAACCACCACCAACCACAUCGCGUGACAGAUCCGGACAGAACACACAAAAGACUAAAGCAUCACAAACCCUUAUGAUCUUUUGGCGUUUGUGUACAUGAAGACUAAUAACACCGACCUUGCAGACAAGGUAAACUCAUCGAGUAGUUUCUAGAAGCUGGAGAAUCUACACACAGUGCAUAGUAAACUAACCAUCGAGUGACGAGAUGUCCACCACCACCAAUAACAACACGGAGAAAAGCAAAUCGUUACCGGGGCCUCGUGGCCUGCCGUUACUCGGAAACAUCCUGGACCUCGGCGGGGAGGCACUCCACGUCAACCUGAGUCAGUUGGCACAGAAGUACGGCGAUGUGUACCAGAUACGAAUCGGCAGUCGUCCGGUCGUCGUUCUCAAUGGCAUGGAGACGAUCAGGCAAGCGCUGGUCAAGCAAUCCACAGACUUUGCUGGCCGGCCGGACUUCAUGUCCUCCCAGGUGAUGAAGGAGAUCAACGGCGGGAGCAUGACGUUCUCGGACUAUAGCCCCGGCUGGAAACUCCACCGUAAGAUCGGCGAGACGGCGCUUCGGCACUUCACCUCCGGUCAGCAGUCCAGUUCAGUACAGGAUAAAGUUUUACUUGAAGUCCAGGAACUAAUUGAAACGUGGACUAAUAACAACAAGGGAAGUACAGUUGUCGAUCCAUCCCUCAUGUUAAAACUGUCCGUCAGUAACAUCAUGUGUUCGUACAUCUUCAGCAGACGACACAAACUGGACGAUGCUCGAUUGAGAGAUUUUGCCGCCAUGAGCGACGAUUUUGGUGCUGCUGCCUCCAGCGGGAACACCAUGGACUUCAUGCCGUGGCUGAAAUACUUGCCAACCAAAACCAUGCAGAACUUCAGACGACUCCUGCAGAACUUUAAGGACUGGUUCGGCGGGUACAUGCAGCAACAUCUGGAGAACUACCAGGAGAACUCCGAGAAGGACAUCAUGGAUUAUUUGAUCACCAUGGGGAACAAGAUUGACCCUGUGGAGUUGGAGCAGUUACACCUCACCCGUGAAAUGCUGCAGACGACGGUGUAUGAUUUAUUCGGUGCGGGGUUCGACACCGUGUCUGCGGUCUUAACGUGGGCCUUGCUCUUGAUGAUUUUACACCCGGACAUCCAGAGGGAUAUACAGGAGGAGAUUGAUGCAGUCAUUGGAGUGGAUAGGUUACCCCAGCUCAGCGACCGGGGCAAGCUUCCUCUUACCGAGGCCUGCCUGCACGAGGUUCUCCGUUACUCUAGCGUGGUCCCCUUCACCAUCCCCCACACCACCACCAGAGACACCCACCUCAAUGGAUACCCCAUCCCUAAAGACACGGUCAUCUUCGUGAACCUCUAUUCCAUCAACCAAGACCCCACGGUGUGGCAGAACCCGGAGGAGUUUAACCCGAGGAGGUUUCUCACCGCGGACGGGGGUAGCGUCGACCCGGAGAGGACGGCCAGUGUGAUGCCGUUCGGGGCCGGUCGGCGACGGUGCCUCGGCUCGGAGCUCGGACGGGUGGAGAUGUUCCUGUACUUUACCACGCUCAUGCAGAAAUGCUCGCUGGAGAUUUCUAACGGGGACAGACCGAGCACGAAGAGUAGUAAUGGACUGACGCAGCGUCCACUGCCGUACCAGAUGAGGAUCAAACUGCGGAAACACGAUGCGUAGCCUUAGUGUUCGACACUUUCUCGUGCUGGAAACUUCACUGUGUUCGAUACAUUCUUGUGGUCGACACUUACUUGUGCUUGACACUUCCUUGUGUUAGACACUUCUAAGAAAUCUUGAAAGAAACAUUUCCACCUGAAAUACAUACUCAGUAUCGUUUCAAGACCUACACAGUUGAUUCGGUGGCAUGAAAUCAACAGAACAUCACUGUAUAUAAUAGAUGUUAAAUUUGCAUCGGGGAUAAAGAAUAUUAAUUUUGGUUUUUACCCAUUAACCGAUGUGUG